AUGUCGUCGCAAAACCUUCCUCACAUGGAAUUUCGCAGCUACGUCGAUGCUCUCGAAGCUGAUGGCGAUCUGGUCUCCAUCAAUGAAGAGUGCGAUCCUCAUCUUGAAGUUGGCGCCAUCAUCCGAAAAGCCGUCGAGAACAAUGAAAAAGCUCCUCUGUUCAACAAGCUCAAAGGGCAAGAUGAGAAUGGCUUGUGGAGGAUUCUCGGCGCACCUAACUCGCUGCGCUCUGAUCCAAAGCAACGUUAUGGCAGACUUGCCAGACAUCUUGGGCUUCCUAUCGAAUCAUCAAUGAAAGACAUCCUGGACAAGAUGGUUGCUGCCAAGUCGGCUUCUCCCAUUCCACCCACGAUUGUUGAGUCCGGUUCUUGCAAGGAACAUAUUUUGACACCUGAUCAAUUCGACCUCACAAAGCUUCCUGCGCCGUUUCUGCACCAGUCGGAUGGCGGAAAGUACAUCCAAACUUACGGCAUGCAUAUUGUUCAGUCACCGGAUGGAAAGUGGACAAACUGGUCCAUUGCCCGUGCCAUGGUUUAUGACCGGAACCACCUCGUUGGUCUUGUGAUUAAGCCUCAGCACCUCUGGCAGAUGCAUCAGCUGUGGAAGAAGGAAGGUCGCGAUAUGCCUUGGGCCCUAGCCUUUGGCGUUCCACCAGCUGCUAUUAUGGCAUCUAGUAUGCCACUCCCAGAUGGCUUGUCAGAAGCCGAUUACAUCGGCUCCCUCGUGGGAUCUUCUCUUGAAGUUGUCAAGUGUGAGACCAAUGGGCUUUAUGUGCCUGCCAACUCGGAGAUUGUUUUCGAAGGAACUUGUUCCAUAACGGAGACUGGACCUGAAGGUCCCUUCGGAGAGAUGCAUGGCUAUGUCUUUCCCGGAGACACACACCCUUGGCCGAAGUACACGGUCGAUCUCAUCACACAUCGCAAAGACGCCAUUCUGCCCGUCUCUAACUGCGGUAGACUGACCGAUGAGACCCACACUAUGAUCGGACCUCUUGCUGCUGCAGAAAUUGGUUUCCUUCUUAGGUCUCAGGGCUUGCCAAUCAAGGAAGCUUACUCUCCCUUUGAGUCUCAAGUCACAUGGGUCGUCUUGCAAGUGGAUACUGAGAAACUACGAGAGCUCAAGACCAAUUCCGAGGAGUUCUGCCGUAAGAUCGGAGAUUUGGUUUUCCGACAUAAAGUUGGAUACACCAUUCACCGCCUGGUCGUUAUUGGCGAUGAUGUCAAUGCGUACGACUUCAAGGACGUGAUCUGGGCUUUCUGUACACGCUGCCGUCCCGGUAUGGAUGAGUAUCAUUUCGAAGAUGUUCCUGGCUUUCCUUUGAUUCCGUAUAUGUCACAUGGAAAUGGGGUACCUAAUCAGGGUGGCAAGGUCGUUUCUGAUUGCUUAAUGCCUGUCGAGUAUACAACCGGGAAAGAUUGGGAGGCAGCAGAUUUCGAGAACUCGUUUCCCCAGGAAGUCAAGAAAAGAGUCUCUAGCCGCUGGGAGGCCUUCGGAUUUGGAAACUUUAAGUAG